AUUAAUGAGAUAGUAACAAUAGUUAAAGUAGACAUGAAUUUUAACAUCGCCAUAAUUGUUUCAUUCUUAUUUCUAGCUGACUAUGGUGCAGCCUCUCAAGUCCUUGACAUAUCAAAAUUUGGUGGAGCACCAAAUUCAGAUAUAACCCAGGCUUUCGCAAAUGCAUGGAAGGAAGCAUGUGAAUCAACCACUGCAGUUAAAAUUGUGAUUCCAUCUGGUACAUACAAGUUGAAUGCAAUAGAUGCUAAAGGUCCUUGUAAGGCUCCUAUUGAAAUUCAUGUUGAUGGCACAAUUCAAGCACCUAGAAACCAAGAUGAAAUCAAAGGGGAUACUCAAUGGGUCAAGUUUUCGUACAUGGACUCUUUAACCUUAUCAGGAAAAGGAGUUUAUGAUGGUCAAGGGGCAGAAGUUUGGAAACAAAAAACAGGUGGACCUGCUUGGAGUGGAAAGGGUAAAAUGCCCAAAGUUUUCAUGAAUUUCGGUUUUAAUUUCGUCAACAAUACCAUCGUCCGCGACAUUACAUCUAAGGACAGCAAAAAUUUCCAUGUUUUGGUUUUUGCUUGCCACAAUAUUACAUUUGAUGGCUUCACAAUUAGUGCCCCUAAAGAUAGUCCCAACACGGAUGGAAUCCACCUAGGAAAAUCAACUAAUGUUAAAAUUCUUAACACCAACAUUGGGACUGGAGAUGAUUGUGUAUCAGUCGGUGAUGGUACCAAAGACCUCACUGUCCAAAAUGUGAAUUGUGGACCUGGUCAUGGCAUUAGUAUUGGAAGCCUUGGAAAAUUUACAACCGAAGAAAAUGUAGAACGGGUUCUAAUUAAGAACUGUACUUUGACAGAUACUGACAAUGGCGUGAGGGUCAAGACUUGGCCUAAUGAACCAGCAACACUUACUAUUACUGGUUUGCAUUUUGAAGAUAUUAUCAUGGUUAAUGUCAGGAACCCUGUCAUCAUAGACCAAGAGUAUUGUCCAUGGAACCAAUGCAACAAACAGGUUCCAUCAAAAAUAAAGAUAACCAAGGUUUCAUUCAAGAACAUUAAGGGCACUUCAGGAACUGCAGAAGGAGUUGUUCUAAUUUGCAGCAGUAGUGUACCAUGUGAUGGUGUGGAGCUAAAUAAUGUUGAUCUCACAUUCAAUGGAACACCAACAGUCGCUAAAUGUACUAAUGUUAAACCUAUAGUUACAGGAAAAGCUCCUGCUUGUCAAGCUCCUGCAGCUUGAUCAAUUUUGCUGACCUUUUUUCUUUGAAGAGUAGCCAAACCAUCCCCAUAAUGCGAGGAUGUUGAGCAGUAGUAGUAUAG